AAGAGUGGGUCGCUGGCUGGGCGGGCCCGCGGCGUAGCGGGGCGGUGUGGAGCCCCUCACCGCCGCUUCUUUAAGCCGGGCGCCGCCCCGCCUCCUGCCUGGGUCUAGCUGGCGGCGGGGCCGUGGCCACGCGAACUGCGAUGGAACUUCACAUCCUAGAGCACCGGGUGCGGGUACUGAGCCUCGCCCGCUCGGGCCUCUGGCUCUACACCCACCCACUCAUCAAGCUGCUCUUCCUGCCCCAUCGCAGCCGGUGCAAGUUCUUCAGCCUGACGGAGACCCCGGAAGAUUACACACUCAUGGUGGAUGAGGAGGGCUUUAAAGAGCUACCCCCAUCCGAGUUCCUGCAAGUUGCCGAGGCCACGUGGCUGGUGAUGAACGUAUCAUCUCACAGUGGGGCGGUGAUGCAGGCCGCUGGAGUUACCAAGAUUGCCCGGUCUGUCAUUGCCCCACUGGCUGAGCACCACGUGUCUGUGUUGAUGCUGUCCACAUACCAGACAGACUUCAUCCUGGUACGGGAGCAGGACCUAUCUGUGGUGAUCCACACACUGGCCCAGGAGUUCCAGAUCUACCGUGAAGUAGGCGGGGAGCCUGUGCCUGUUGCCAAGGACGAUUCCAGCAACGGCUUUCCCCGAGCCCAGCACGGGCCCAGUCCCACGGUGCAUCCCAUUCAGAGCCCGCAGAACCGAUUUUGUGUCCUCACGCUGGACCCUGAGACAUUGCCAGCUAUUGCCACCACCCUCAUUGAUGUCCUCUUCUACUCACACAGUGUCCCCAAGGAGGCAGCCUCAGGUGGUCCAGAGUCAAGCUCCAUCCCAUUUUUCGCUUUCUCCCUCAUUGAGGGUUACAUCUCCAUUGUUAUGGACGCAGAGACCCAGAAAAAGUUCCCCAGUGACCUCUUGCUGACCAGUUCCUCUGGAGAGCUGUGGAGGAUGGUACGCAUCGGGGGACAGCCCCUGGGUUUCGAUGAAUGUGGGAUUGUGGCCCAGAUCGCGGGUCCCCUGGCGGCUGCUGACAUCUCUGCUUAUUACAUCAGUACCUUCAACUUUGACCAUGCCCUGGUUCCUGAAGAUGAGAUCAGCAGUGUCAUUGAUGUGCUCCAGCGAAGGCAAGAAGGCCUGACUUCCAAAGGUCCCUAGGGAACACCAGGCUCCCAGCAUUCCUUACCACUGGGCUCUCAGAGACUUUUCUGAGCUCUUUCCAGAAGCUGCAGAGUGAGCCCCUGAUCCUGCCAAGGGACCCUGGUUCUGCUGUCUAUAUGUAAGGUGCAUGGAGCUGGCACUCGUGGCCAUGUGUGCACCCCUAGGCACGGUGGGCAGGUGCUGGCUCCAGAUAUCUGCCCGCAGAUGACACCUUGGUGCUUGGGGCUUGGACCCCGAACCCAUCCCUUUCCUCAUGACCUCAGUAUUUGCACAGUCCCUGCCUGAGGCCAUCCCCCUCUCGCCUGGCUGGGUCCUGCUGCCCUGGGCUGGGCUCUGGCCUCCACCUUGGCUUGCCUCCCUGGCCAGGUGAGCUCCGACAGUGCCUUCCCGUCCCGGGCUCCCGAGGAAAGGGUUUUUACAUCUCACUUGUUUUUAUGACUGUUAAAAUAAAUAAAAGACUUGCUGAGCUGG